UACAAAUCCUCUUUCUCCUCCUCCUGAUCGAAUUCUUCGGAGCUCGCUUAAUCCAUACGGCGGGCGGCGACGAAUUGCCGGCGAUCUCUUACUCCGUGCUCGCCGCGAUCUUCCUGAAACUAUACAGAUUGAUCGGUUCCCUCCUAAUCCUGAAUUCGCUGGAGGGUUUUAGGCCGGGAUGUCUCGCAGCUACACUGGUGCCUGGGUUUCCAUGUUGCCGUGAAUCGAUGCGAAGAUCUAAGGAGGCAGUUGUUGUUUGAGCGAAUUUUGUGUUUCCUCGGGCUCCGGCAUCUGAGCUUGGUCAGUUAGGAUAGAAAGCUAAAGUGUUCUUGGAAUUCAUCGUGAAAGAACUGGAUUUGAUGGAGUCGGCGGCUAGUUGUCGAGAAAAGUUGACAUACUUUAGAAUAAAAGAGCUCAAGGAUGUCCUGACCCAACUUGGUCUUGCCAAGCAAGGGAAAAAGCAGGAACUAAUGGACAGAAUUUUGGCUCUCCUUGGAGAUAAUCAGGUUCCGAAACCAGUUUGGGGGAGGAGAAAUAUGAGUACAGAUGUAGUAGUUAAAAUAAUUGAAGAUACAUAUAGAAAAAUGCAAAUUCCUGGAACCACAGACUUAGCAUCUAGAAAACUCAGUGGCUCCGAAUUCAGUCAUGCAAAACCUAAGGAAGAAUUUGAUUCAUACAAGCCAGAAAUGAAAGUCCGCUGUCCCUGUGGGAAAUCAUUAAUUACUGAAUCAAUGAUUCAGUGCGAAGAUAAUCGAUGUCGAGCCUGGCAGCAUAUUGAUUGUGUUAUUAUUCCUGAAAAACCUGGGGACGGUACUCCUGAAGUUCCAUCUCACUUCUAUUGUGAACUAUGCAGAAUAAAUCGAGCAGACCCAUUCUGGAUGACAAUGAAACAUGUUUUGUUUCCAGUGAAGUUGUCUUCUAGUGGCCUAGCAGAUGACUGCACCAAUACAGUGCAGAAUGCAGAGAAGACAUUUCAGUUGUCAAGAUCAGAUAAGGAUUUUUUACAAAGACAUGAUUACAGUCUUCAGGUUUGGUCUCUACUACUCAAUGAUAAGGUUCCAUUUAGAAUGCAUUGGCCCCAGCUUACCGAGUUGCAUGUCAAUGGUGUUUCGGUCAGAGUGGUUGCUAGACCAGGCUUACAGUUAUUGGGAAUAAAUGGCCGUGAUGAUGGUCCAGUGAUUAGCACAUGUAGUAUGGAAGGAGUUAACAAAAUUGUUUUAUCAAGGAAUGAUGCUCGUGUUUUCUGCUUUGGAAUCAGACUUGUCAAGAGGCGGACAGUUCAACAAGUUCUUAAUCUGGUUCCAAAGGAAGCAAAUGGUGAGCAAUUUCAGGAAGCACUUGCUCGUGUUCGGCGCUGUGUUGGUGGUGGAGCUGAGGCUGAAAAUGCAGACAGUGAUAGUGAUAUAGAACUUGUAGCUGAUUCUGUAACUGUCAAUCUCCGUUGCCCAAUGACUGGUUCUCGGAUUAGAGUAGCAGGAAGGUUCAAGCCUUGUGCUCAUAUGAAAGGUUUUGAUCUAGAAGCUUUUGUAGAGCUUAACCGCAGAUCUCGGAAGUGGCAAUGCCCAAUAUGUCUAAAGAACUAUGCACUCGAGAACAUUAUUAUUGAUCCAUAUUUUAAUUGUAUCACUUUUAUGCUUCAAAAUUGCGGAGAAGAUGUAACUGAGAUCGAUGUAAAGCCUGAUGGUUCUUGGCGUGUUAAGGGUGAAGUAGAAUAUCGAGAUCUUUCCAAAUGGCAUUUGCCCGAUGGUACCCUCUCAGAUAAUGUGGAUGUACAAGCAAAGUCUGAUUUUGGCGAUCUAAGGCAUGUGAAGCAGAAAAGUCCAUCAGCGAGCCGAUUUACUCUGAAUUUAGGGAUGAAAUUAGACGCAAAUGGAGGACCUGAAGAUACUAGGGCUUCAUCAUCUCGGAGUCCUAUUCUUAGGCUUGAAAAUAAUAGUCAGAACAUAAUAAAUAUGAGUAGCAGUGCAACUGGAAGCUAUAGAGAAGGGGAGGACCAAAGCGUAAAUCAAGAAUUUGAAGGGCCUUUUAAUUUGUCACUGAACAAUUGCCACGACUUUGAAUCUUUUAUUUUUGAUGGAACAUACAGUAUGGAUGAUAGACCUCCAGCGCCAUUAGAAGAACCAGAUGUGAUUUGCUUGAGUGAUUCGGAUGAAGAUAACAUCACAUUAAUUUCUCCUGAACCUACAAAUGGAGUUCAUGCAUCUGAAAUUGAUAUGGUUGCUUUUCCAACUCAUCCCAAGGCUUCAGAAAGAUACUCUGAGAACCCUUGUCCAGAGACAAGUGGAACGUCAUUCCUUGAGUUGUUUAAUAACACUGAUGAUUUUGUGAUGCCCAUGCCCAUGUGGCCAAUGCAAACUUGCCCUCCGCCGGCAUCAAAUUUCCAACUUUUCGGAACAGAGGUCCUAGAUGUCCUGGCUGAUCCACAAGCUACUGUUGACUGUCCACCCCUCAAUGGCUUUGGUUUGACACCACAUGAUGGCGAGGAAACUUCUGAAGUCCAAGAGUUUUCAAAUUGUCAGGCCAGCGCUGCAAUGCAAGAAAGCUUCGUUGAUGAUCCCCUUGCAUUUACAGAUGAUGACCCUUCUCUACAAAUUUUUCUUCCUAACCAGCCAGUUGGUGUAGCCCUUCAAGAUGGCAUGAUCAACCAAACUGACUUACCAAAUGGGAUGAACUCUGAUGAUUGGAUAUCUCUUAGACUUGCUGCUGGCAGUGGUCAUGGUGAGUCUGCCCCUUUGAACGGAUCCAUUUCAAGGCAGCUGGAGCCACCCACGGAGACUCAGAUGGAUGUACUAAGUGAUGCUGCCUCAUUGCUACUAAGCAUAAACCGCAGCGAAAGCAAUAAACCAUCACCAAGAACUCAAAGACCUGAUUCUUCUCCUGGCCAGCAACGAGCGGUUAGGCGUCGGUUGUAUCUGUCAAUAGACACAGAUUCUGAUUAACUAUCAAGUGGCAACUCGGUUUGGAUUGGGAAUUAAAAGGCGGUUUCGUGUCUCACCGCUGGGAAGCUCCUAUGAUCGUGUGUGGGAGAGGCCAGCCAAUCUGCAAGGAUUGCUGGAAAUUCCAACUGUGAAAGAUAUCACUUAUACUGUCACAAGCCAUAUGAUGAGGUAAACCUCAAGUUUUUUUGCUGCUAAUGUUGGGCUGCAGAAAAUACAAUUAGAUUCAAUAGGAGAGAGUUAUUGCUGGUGUAUAAUAAUUGUUUCAUUAGUUAAUGUAUGUUGUCAAUAGCCCUAAUACCCGAUAUUGGUGGCAGUCGAAGAGGGUAUUUAUCCACUGGCCGACAUUGAUGUUAACUUUAGAUCUACAGAAAUCCUGUUAAUUAUUGUGAUUGGUGUUCAUGCAA